AUGUGCGCGCACUACUGCUACCGGGGCUGGAUAUACCCCUGCCUGCUGCGCCCGCACCCGGGCGCGUCCAGCAACUUCUCGCUCGUCCCCGCACUCGGCGGCUCGCUGGUCACGGUCACGCACGGCUACCUGAACGCCGCGUGGUUCGCCGAGCACGGCAAGCACCUGCGAAGCAGGAGCUGGCUCCGGGACCCCCGCUUCGUCGCAGGCGCGCUGCUCUACCUGAGCGGCUUCGCGUGCCUGGUGUACCACGACCACCUCAUGGUGCACCUGCGGGACGGCCCCGGGCCCAGGUACCGCAUCCCCCGCGGCGGCCUCUUCGAGUACGCGACCCAGGCGGUCUAUUUCUGCGAGCUGUGGACCUGGCUCGGUUUCUUCCUCCUGAGCUGGGGGCCGAACGGCGCGUUCAUCUUCCUCGUGUCCCUCUCCAACCUCGUCCCGCGGGCGAGGGCCACGCACGCGUGGUACCUGGAGAGGUUCGGCGACGAGUACGCGGCCCUGGGCCGCAGCUACCUGGUGCCCAUGCUGUGGUGA